AGAACUCAGGAAGAGAUGAAAAACUGAGAUUAGGGGCGUGACCAGUCUGCUGAUCCUAUGCUGCACAAAAGGCCAAUAUAAGAACUUAGGCAGAGAUGUGUGCAGUCUGAGACAGAGGACAUGGCAGCCAGAACAGUCAGCGCGCUUAUAACAGGAGCCAACAGGGGUCUUGGCCUGGAGAUGGUGAAGCAAAUGCUGGAGGGCCCCAUACCAGUGGGGAAGUUGUUUGCCUCUUGCAGAGACCCAGAUGGACCCAAGAGUGAGGCCCUGCAAACAUUGGCAAAGAAGUAUCCUGACAUCAUCCACAUCGUUCGCAUGGACAUAAGUGACCUUUGUAGCAUAAAAGAGAGUGUUCAGCAGGUGGACUCUGUGCUGGGGAAGGAGGGUCUCAACCUGCUUAUUAACAACGCAGGGAUUCUGACCAGAUGCAGCCUGCAAGACUGCACACCAGAGGACAUGCAGAGCAUCUUCAACACCAAUGUUGUUGGCCCUAUGAACAUCAUUAAAGAGUUCCUGCCGCUCCUCCGCGAUGCAGCAAAGGCCAGUAAGAUACCAGGGAUGUCAUGCAGCAAAGCAGCUGCUGUAAGCAUUAGUUCCAUAAUGGGAUCAAUGGAAAUGGUAAAAGGGACAUAUUCCCUCUGUCCUGUCACCUCUUACCGUGUCAGCAAGGCAGGUCUGAACAUGCUGACGGUGUGCGCUGCAGAGGAGCUGAAGAACGAUGAGAUCCUGUUUUCUUCGCUGCACCCUGGCUGGGUGCGCACUGACAUGGGUGGAGAGGAUGGGGAGAUUGAUGCCCAAGAGAGCGUGGAGGGGAUGCUCCGUGUGCUGGCUUCACUGACUGAGAAGCAGAAUGGAGCCUUCCUGGAUUACAAAGGCAAGACUGUGCCCUGGUAGCUCCCAAAGAAACAAACACAUGUGUGCUUCAAAAGUUGCAGUGAAUCCCCCAAGUGAAAUAAAGUGAAAUCAUCAGUUGAUA